ACCACCCUUCAUUAUACACACACCAAUUAGAAACUCCAUCUUCAAUAUCACAAUCACAACAACAAGAACAAAGAAUAAUGGCGAAAGGCAAAGUUUAUCCUCAAGAACAAGAAUCCACAACAUCCUCCUUGGAGUCUCAUGUUCAGUGUCUCAGUAGUAAAAGAGAAAGAUAUACAAUAUGGAUGAAAUCACUUGUUCUCCACUCUAAUGGCUGCACAUUCUAUGAUUCAAAAGGUAACAUAGUUUAUAGAGUUGAUAACUAUAAUAAAAAAGGUAAAAGAGAAGUUAACCUCAUGGAUCUACAAGGCAAUGUUGUCUGCACUAUCAAAAAGAGAUUACUAGCUUUUGGAUGUUGGGAAGGACACAAAUAUCACAGCAGCAAUUAUGAUUCUAGAAGUCAAGAGGAGCAACCAUGGUUUCAAGUUAAAAGAUGUCUCACAGGUAAAACAGCAUGUGAUAUUAAAGUUGGGUCCCAAAAUUUAUGCAUAGAAAGAAUGAGUAUUGGAAAAUCAUUUGGUUUUCGGAUAGUAAACAAAAAUGGAGAAAUGAUAGCAGAGGCAAAGCAAAAAGAGUCUUCAUCAGGGAUUCUUCUGAGUAAUGAUGUUCUAACUUUGGAUUUGGAAGGUGGCACAGACCAUUCUCUUAUAAUGGCUUUGAUAACAGUAUACGGAUUGAUAUGCGACUUAAUGUAAUUAUUGCAUACUAGAUACAAGAUUCCACUUGUUCACUGUCUAGUAAACUUUCUUGCUAAAAGUUUUGUAAUUAGUGUUUGGUUCAGUUUGUAUAAAAAGACAUAUAAUCAAAAUCAGGGUCUUUUCAUUUUUACUGAAGCAUCAUCAGGAGCUAUAGUUAUGAGAUAUGUGUAUUUAUGUACACACAUGUACUAUUUACGGUUGAAUAACAUUUCAUCCUUAGCAUAGUUAAAAAGUUUAGUUUCCU